AUGUCUGCCUCUGACGCUGGUCACUCUCGGUCGAAUACUGUCGUUGCCGACGACUACCCUGACUUCCCAAAGGACCCGCGCUUGAGGAGAACGAUCCCUCCGAACAACACAGAUAGGGCUCGGACGCUGGUCUUAUGUUUUGACGGAACCGGGGAUCAAUUCGACAGUGAUAACUCCAACGUCGUCAACUUCUUCUCGCUGCUCAAGAAGGAUGACCCCAGAGCACAGCUCGUGCCGGUAUCGGGACCGUAUUGCAUUCCCGACGUGGCUUCGCCUCUAGCAGCAAAGAUCAGCAGAAUGAUCGACAGCAUGAUCGGUAUUCACCUCGACGCGCAUGUUAUGGGUGGAUACGAAUUCCUUAUGCAAAAUUACGAAGCUGGGGAUAAGAUCUGUAUUUUCGGAUUCUCCCGUGGUGCCUAUACGGCCCGAGCGCUUCGCAGGGAUGUAAGAUUCAUAAGAUCGGCCUUCUCCCUCGAUGCAAUCACCAAGCAAGUCCCCUUCGCCUACCGCAUGUACUCGCGCGAAGACGAACUCGGCUGGGCCCAAAGCGCAGCUUUCAAAAAAGCUUUCUCCAUCGAUGUCGAUAUCGACUUUCCUAGGCGUAUGGGACACCGUCGAUUCAGUAGGGAUCAUCCCCCGUCGACUCCCCUUCACGGUUUCGAAUACGCACGUGACGGCACUUCCGCCAUGCGCUUAGCCUUGGAUGAGCGUCGCGUCCGGUUCAGGCCCUCCUUAUGGCACCGUGCUCGUCACGAUGUGGAACCGAUGGGUGUGAAGCCUGGUGAGAUGCCCAAGCCGAAGCGUCACAACUCUUCGAAACCACACCCACACCGCGAGAAGACUCUCCCCCAGCGUGAGCGAGAGUACGACUCUACAUACUCAAGUUGCCAUGUGGAUACACCGACGGAUGUGGAGGAAGUCUGGUUCGCGGGAUGUCAUUGCGACGUCGGCGGAGGAUCUGUAGCCAACGAUGUCACUAACAACUUGGCACGUAUCCCUUUCCGCUGGAUGAUUCGGCAAUGCUUCCUCGUCAACACGGGCAUCAUGUUCCACCGCGAACUGCUCAGACAGUUUGGACUAGAACCCUCGAUGCUCUACCCAGUCGUGAAGCCUCGUCCUCCACCGAUUACGGACCUCCCGCACCCGUCAGAGUCGUCGUCUAGCAGCGGCACUCUCGCCCUCGCACCCAUGUGGUGGAUUCUGGAACUGCUGCCCGCCAAGGUUAGGUACCAGAAGAAGGAUGACACCUGGGGCAAGACUAUCACCAUGAACAAGGGCCAGCCGAGGCAUAUCCCGCGUCAACGCAAGCAGGGAAUCAAGGUCCAUCGUACGGUCAAGUUGAGGAUGGAGUCCAAGCAUGUUGAAGGGGGAUACGAGCCGAAGGCUGGUUGGAUCGUGGAGCCGACUUGGGUUGAUUGAAAACCUUGGACUUACCUUACUUGAUAUGUGAGCUAUGGUUAUGAGUUUCUUAUUAUACUACUAUGAUAAUGUAAUAGCGCCGGCAAGCGGCAGAGCCCGCUACCUUGAUCUCCCUUAUCACGAAAGAUUUACGAAAGAUGAUACUUGUACAAGUGGUCUCAUGUUGGACCAGAGAAUAGGUACAUAUACAGAAACAAAACUCGCUCGGUGUCGGCCUUCGGCCGCCGCCAGCUCUCAUUUUGCUCACACCGGCUCGCUCUUCAAAAGCC